UCCAAAUUUUUUGAAAUGAUAACCAAUUUUUGUUGUGCACCUAUUUUUUUGCCGACGUUUUGCACCUAAUUAUGAUUCAAAUAUAUAAAAUCUAUAUACUAAAACUCGGGUGUUUUUGUCAUUCAUAAACUCACACGAUAUUAGUUUGGACCUCUUUGUCUAGGUGUUGGCGCGUUGCCAAUGUUAUGUUGAUAAAAUGAUACUAUUUGAUAGUUAUAUCAAACCGGAACUAAAUUAAACCGAGCUAAUUGGGUACAUCUACCCUAACAUGAUACAUGGAUCGGGAUCAUUUCCAUCAAAGAUUUAUAUUUUUAUUAAUAUAAGUCAUUAAGAAAUUAUAUCUAGGCAUAAAUUUCCAUUCUUUUUGAUAAUUAUUGAGAUCAAAUCCAGUUGCCAUCAUGAGUGAUCCAGAGUUUCUGUAUAAAGGGCCAUAACUAAAGCACGUUAAUCAUUUUCAUUAUAUUGUCGUGACCCGUAAAUUACAAAAUCAUGACAAAUACAUAUAAUGAAUCAAAAACUUUAAUCCAAGUUAUAAGGAUUGUCUUGUCGACAUAGUGCAAACUGCAAACCAAUCACAAGACACACACAACACAAUUGAUAAUGGUCUUUAAUCUUUAUAUAUAUAUCAGAAUAAAACCAAUGGUAUAAAACUAAUAACUUUACUUUUAUUGAUCGAGAUCGAAAGUUCCGAGAGGAAACAAUCUAGAAGAAAUGGUUUGGUAAUGCGAGAUUGGACCUGCAAAGAUUGGACCUGUCUUUGGAUACAAUCUAAAGAAAUGGUUUGGUAAUGCGAGACCGACAAGCUUUGCCGGUGAAAAAUAAAAAAAAUCCAUACGAGACACACAAAAUUACAAAUAUGUAAGAUAUAUCGUAGUGGAUUUUUUUUUAAGAUUUCGUGGUGGUUAUAAUGACACCUAAAUGAUGAUGAAGGCCGCAAAAUUUUGCCGACGUAUAUUAUUAUUAGAGUGACUAAAAUUUUCGCAAGUUAGUACCAAGACGAAGCAUUUAGAUUUUAAAUUUCAACCAGGUUUAAUUGCUCGGUUUGUUCCGGUUUCUGUUGAUCCACAUAUGAGACUCAUUCAGUGGUGAUAGCGCAAACAAUUCAAACGAUAAUUAGGUUCUAGAUACCAAGAAAGUAUGGACUAAUAUUAUGCAAUCAAUUCGGACUGACCAACAAGGUAUCAAAGAUCAACUACUAUGAUCGCUAAAUAUCGGUAUUUUGGUUUGAAAACAUAGGGGAACCGCAUAUCUAUCUGAUUGUCAUGUAGGCCGAAAAACAGAAGCAUAAUAUAAGAAAUUUGAAGGAAGUUGUAAUGCUUUAUUCUAUUUCUACAGACAUUCUAAUUUCUAAGUGGGAAUUUCAUGGCAUAGGAUUCCAAGAAAUGACAUUUUAACCAGAGAAUCUUACCUGGUUUCUUCAAGCUAAGUAAUCAUUACGAUUCUCCAAGGAGAGUACCAACUAGAUUUGACAAAAUUGUUGUAUUGUGCUUGUUACACAUAUAAUAUAUAUAUAUAUAUACAUAUAUGAUCCUAUAUGAAAACAAUUAGCUAAUUCUCUACCUAAGAAAUAUGAGAAGACAUGAUAUCAUCAUCAAGCUUCUCCUUCUCAUCUGCUUCUUUCUCAGCAGAAACAUGACUCGGGAAUGCCGAGAAGUCCAUUUCAAGAUUGGACCUGCAAAGAUCAUCGCAAAACCGAAUUACGAAAGAGUGAUGCCAACUUGGGUAAGGAUCGGAGAUCAAAUUUUGCAUAUACCCAUUACAAAACAGAGAGAGCAUAAUAACAACAUCUUUCUUAUGGGAUUAGGUCGAAGAAAAAAAGUGGCAUAAGCACCCAUCCGGACCGAACCCAACAGGAAAUCGUCACCCACCGGUCAAACCCUGAGUCGAUAAUGCUGCAACCGAAAGAAUCUUACAAGUCAAUGCAUGAUAUAUCUUUAAAAUGAUGUACUAAUAAGGAGUGAAGCAGCCUAUAAGAUGGAGAGUACUAAAAAGUGAUAGAUCCAAUGUUUGUGAAACAUAUGUACGCUGAUAAACUAUGUCAAUUCGAUGUAAUCUAUAUAUAAUAGCAAUC